GGCAUUAUCAGAGACGUUCCACAGGAUCUCUCUGAGCAAAUGAUUUUAAGUAACAUCACAAGUCCCAUCAAGGUUGUUGCUGUCAGUAGAAUGAAUCGGAGAACCACAACAGCCUCUCACAUGGAUUCUCUAGAAGAUUCACACCCAUCCAUCACUUACGUGCCUUCUCUUUCUGUCUCGCUCACCUUUGAGGGACAAAAGAUUCCAAACCACGUCUUCAUGUUUUAUGUCAGGUACCCCGUGUCUCCAUAUAUAGCAAGAGUUUCACGAUGCAAUCAAUGUUUUAGAUUUGGACAUAUUCAAAACAACUGCAAAAGUCAGCCACGCUGUGCACACUGCGGUGACAAAGGACACACCUAUUCCAAGGAUAAAUGUCAACGAGCUCAAAACCUUCCAAACUGCGUGAACUGCCAGGGAGAACACAGAGCAGACUCUCCUCACUGCCCGGAACUCUCUAUACAGAAGGAGAUUAGGAAAUACGCAGCUUACAGAAACGUUUCUUUGUUAGACGCGAAAGAGAUCUUCAAAGACCCCUCUUGCUCUUGCGGUUACCCCAUGCAAGACGCGGAUCACAUUCUCUGGAACUGCCCGCUUUACCACGCUCAAAGGACGUCACUCUUGGCACAGUUGGCAAAACUUAAGAAGAAUCCGCCAUUCAAGAUACAGGACAUUCUGAAAAAAACCCUCCUCUGGGGUCAUCCACACAUUAUACUCCUUUUUCAAAUCCUGUAACCUCCGCAUCUAACAUACUCUGAAUUUUUUCUCUGAUCCUCUACUCUCUAUCUUAUACAUCUCUCUAAACCGGUCGUUGGCCCGAAUAUAUUGAUCACACCCUAGAUCAGAACUGGCCAUUUAAAAAGCAAAGAAGAAGAAGAAGAAGUUGUUUCACGUCUCGCUGUGAGCGAAAGCCGCUAUUAUCAUUCGGAAGAAACUGCUCAAGUUGAAAGUCCGUUUCAAUUGCUCAUGUUCGAAGAGCAUCGUUGUACCCGCAAUAUCUUUUUAUUGUGAUACACGACGAAUCGUUCUUUCUAUCUAUACAAGGUCGUGUCGUUCAUAUACGUGACGUGAAAUAUUAUCGAAGAUACCGUUAUUCAUCGAUCAUAGAGACUGAUGAUGUAAAAAACAGACAUAUUGCCAUGUAGUUUGUCUGUUCCUGCGACAUGAGGCUGCGAACACA